AUGCGGCCGCUAAUAAACAAAUAUUAUCCCUUGGUGAUAUAUAGAUCCCGAAAAAACGGAUUUGCCUCUGUUCUAUCCCUCCAGGCGCGCUUUCUAUCGACGGCGCCCGGCUGUGUUGAUGAGACUAUCUCGCUGCCUGUUGGAAAUAACGGUUUGAUAUCAUUGAAAGUGACACACCCACCUAGAGCAAACCUGUUGCUUGACAAUCAAGUUGGUUCCAACAAUUUAAAUGUGAUUCUCUUUCUUCCUUCGGGGCCAUUGUUUCAGGGAAUACUAUCAGGUGUGUCCGAGAAAAAGGUGUGCUCUGAUGCCCAGGCCAGAGAGCUUCUGAUUUGGAAGCAACAAACCGAGGAGUACAUGGCCCAAACGCCCCAACAUGCCUUGGCGACUGCGACUUCGGCCACGGUAGUCACUGUAAACUACCGGCUGGGCACCCAUCAAGGAGUUUCAGUUUCGGAGGGAAGUGCCAUCCCAGAUACCUCAGAUGCCAAGCCAGAAUUAGAACAAUGCGAUUCCGCCGGGUAUUCUAGAGAAAGAAUCUACAGGUAUCCAACGCCAGUGCACGACACGCUCGCAGGAUUCGACUGGAUUCAGGCGAAUCUUCGACCCGCUCGGAUAGGGGUUUUUGGCUCCCAUAUCGGCGGGUCCCUGGCUCUGAUGCUAGCACUGACAGAGCCACAAUCAGUUCAUGCCGUCGCGGCUCUUGAACCUAUCUGUGACUGGCCUGGGUUAGACGAGUACUGUAUCUCCAAAGGGCUCGGCAAAGACAGGGGUAUCGACAAUGCAAACGACCGUGGCUUACUCCCAUCUAAAAUAAAAAGACGGCGGAUAUCUAAGAAGAAAAUCUCUCCAAUGAGGGCCCCUCCGGACCUUGUUCCCCUCCUAGAGGCUCGGGAGCGGUUCUUUGCCUCUCCUGAGCGAUAUUUCGAUUCAUUUGCUUCGCCUAUCCUCUUCCUUCGCUCUGCUGGCCGUGAUGUGCCUCAAGCAUUCCCCAAGUAUCUCACUGGUCCGGAUGAUCCAGUUCCUGUUCUCAAGGAUGCCAGGAUAGACGGCUCUCUGGAACAUCAAUGUGCCCCGGAUAGUUCAGUAUGGGAGCAGGACAUGUACCCAGCUGCUGAAUCCGAGGGAAAAGAAUCUUCUAAUAGUGUUCGCCGUCGGAAAGCCAUCUCUCGCUGGCCUCCUUACGGACUUGACUACGGCCUCAGUGGCGGCAGCAGGUCCCGGCCAGGUCAAGAGAUUGGUCGCCUACAGAUCACCCUACCAUGGACACAAGUCUUUGUGAGUGACUACAUUGGUAGAUUGUCGCGUGGUGUAGAACCUUCAUCAGAAUCUUCCGUUGUGUCCAAAGAGAGUGAGAGCAUCUCCACUGUCCUAGCCAAACAAGGCGAAGAAAUGGUUUCUAUGAUGCGUCGAGCCUGCUUUUGGGGUCGUGAAAAAGGAUUUGGCGAAAGAAGAGCGACUCUCUGUCGAGUCACCCAGUACCCAGACGAGGAAAUAUGUUGCUGGAUUGGGCGUAUCUUUGAUGGAUCAUUACAAGAUGAGUAG